AUGCGCCUGGCUUUGACUUUUCGCACCUCCAGCCCACUCCGCCAUGCCUUCAGUCCUGCUGAUGACAGUGUUGCGACUGCCGUGAGCUACGACCAAGCAGCGCAGGAGGUUUGUGGGCACCUCUUCCGCGAACUUUGGUCCGAAGACGAGGACGGUUUCCCGCAGCCUGCUGGCUGUUACUACAGCGAUGACCUCGCAGAGUAUGGCAUCGUCUUUCCUGCCAGAGCUGGCCUCAAACCUGGCACGCGAUACCAGAUGGUGAUGAUGACCGAGUUACAGCGCGGCAUCUCUGCAGAGCAUGAUUGGAUGAUUCUCUCGGACACCGUGCCGAGACCGGCUAUUGCGCCACAGGAGACUCGAGACACGAGUCCACAAUCCUUUGGCGAUCUUGGUCCUCUUCCUAGCUUGCGGGCAUGCCAGGAGGCCUGCUCACUGGUUCUGCAAUGCAAUGCGGCCGUCUACCGCCUAUCCUCGGACCAACACUGCCUGAUCGCCGACUUCUCUCAGCGCUCAGAUCCCUUCGCCACCCAAGGAGCAGCAGGCAAUUUCACGUUAUUCCUGGCAGACAGGAUCAAUGGCACAGCUUCAGAUUCGCGAAGCGUGGUGGCAGACUUGUGGAGCAUGGACGACAUGCUUUCGAGGCCUUUCCAUGCGGUGGAAGCCUCGGAAACAAUCCUGAUUGCGACAGCCGCAGCAGUGGUGCUGCCGAGUGAUCCUCGCUGGCACGGCGAGGGCCUGAUGAUUCUUGAUCCUGACGGCUUUGUCACGGAGGAGGCGGCGCCAUUGCUGGUGACGCAACCGCGCCUGGCGCUGCGGCUCCGGGCCGCGCAGGGCAGCAGUAUCGAGGCCGGUACUUUGCUCCGCCUCUUCCUUCGGCCUCUGACGCAGUGGGCGCUGCCGGAGGAGGGCUGUCCUGCGCAGUGUGUCCCUCAGAGUAUGGUCUUGUCCUGCGACUCCCCGGCCUGCCGGGCUGUUCCCCUGGUCUCUGCACCUUGGGAGGGUCAGCGAAACGUUCUCGAGAUCGUCCUCCCUCCGAAGAUGGACAAGAUCACUGACACGGUGAUGCACACCAUCGUCCUGAGCGGCUCCACCUUUUCGCUGCCAGCUGGCGGAUUCAUGCCUUCGCGACUCUCUGCGGAGCUCGUCGCGCCUGGCACGGAAACAGCGGCUGAGAGGCGUGUGUCCUACAUGGAAUCCGUUGGAGUCCUGCCCUAUGCAGCACUGGCCGUGGUGGGGGGCGUUCUUGCCCGAGACGGUGACGAGCGGCCAUUUGCUGGUGAUGUCUCAAACAGCAUCUAUUUCCGCUUCAAGCUCGGCUCAACGCUGCUGUCAGGAAGCCUUCUUGCUGCUUUGACGGUCCAGCUGCCAGCAGGCUACAUCGUCAGAAGUGCCACUGUCGCACCCAGCGACUUGCUGACGCUCUCCGCCCGCCGUCUGUCAGGGCCACAAAGCCGAGGGCAGCUGACGGCGGGGACUUGGAGCUGCGUUACCAGGAUGUGUACCUUCACCAUGGACAGCCAUGCCGCUAUCUACAGUGGGUACCUCGUGGUGCACUUCGUGGUGGACAACCCGACCAUCCCAUUGAGGCUUCAGGACACGGCGAACCGUUGGAGCGUAGCCGUCAGCGGCCAGGGUGAUGCAGCAUCGCUGGCGGUGCUGCCGGCAACGAUGCUGGAUCCAGGAUCCAUCUCUUCGGAGCAGGCUUUGUACACUCCAGCAUCUGCCGUGCUCGGUCGACUCUCCGAGAUCAGCCUCACGCCGACGACCUUUUGGCAAGGAUCGACGAGAAGCUGGGCCCGCAUCUUUUUCCGGACGCAGCAGGGCUGGCCGGGCCGGGUGGCUCUCCAGCUUACAGCACCUCCGAGUGGCUUCGGCUUUGACACCACGUGUGCCGUGGAGGAUCUGCCGGCAGCCUACUACCGCCCAGAGCAGAGCAUCCUCGGUCAAAGCAGCAGUGCCGAGCAGGGUGCCCAGCAAGCGACGGUGCGGCGGCUGCCGAAGGUGGAGGCCUGCCAGGGUGUUCAUGUCUCCUCUUUGCAGCUGCCGGAGUCAAAUUGGCUUUCGGACUUUUACGCACCUCCUGGCCGCCUUCCGUCCCUGAUGGAGAUCUUCGUCGCAGGUCCACUCCUUGAGGCCACCACGUAUGCCUUCUCGAUGCUGGUGCGCCACACGAACGCGUUCCAACCUUCCGAAGGUGCUGGCUUCGUACUCGCCACCUACAUCCACGCAGCUUCCUGGCAGCUCCUGGAUCGGAGCCCUGGGGCGAUGCCUCUGCUGCCGGCGACCACCCUCGAGCCCUGGCCCGGCUAUGGGCUCUACGAGCUGGCUGCACCAGAUGCACUGCAUGCCGUGGUUCUGCCUCGUCUGCCCUUUGCGCAGACGGCGCAGCCGGGAGAAGCGCAUAUCCUCCUGCGGCCUCCCGUAACCAGCGCCUUCCGGGGGGUCUCCUGGCGCGUGUUUGCGCCCACGACCUACGGCUGGGACUUCACAGAUCGUGGCUUCUUCUUCAGGCAGUCCGAAGUGCCCGGUGCCACAGCUGACCUUCCCGUGAUUCGAGCUCCUGCAGCACCCCGCAUUCCGCCCCUCAACUCUCUGAUUUUCUAUGGGGCCGACGAGAAUCCAACACCCGGGUGGGUGGUCAAUGAAACCUAUGGCUUCCGUGCAGGCCUUCAGGUUCCUACGCAAACACCCCGGCAUGCAGUCAACGAGUGGAUCGUGGAGUGGGGCUUCGACCGGAGUGAUCUUUCCGAGCGGCUUGCAGCUGCCACUGCCCCUGCCGAGGAGGUGCGCGCGGUGCACAGCUUCCGUGUCUGGAGCCUCGGGGGCAGCAUUCAAGGCCAGAGUGGAGAGCUCUUGGUGGAGUUCGGAUUGGUCUCGGAGGUGCCAAGUGUACGUGGAGCUUUGCAGUUACGCACUCCUCAAGGCUUCGUUUUCGAAUCGAUCUGCGUGCCUUUCCCGCCUUCUGGAAGUUUCGAUCCCUUUCUCCCCCUCCCCGUCCGCGUUGAAUGUACGGCAGCGACAGCAGGCACCGCCGACCAAGAGCCCCUGCUCACCAUCCGGCCGAUGGAUGGAAGCCUUCCGCCUGGACGCUGGUGCUUUCUGCUGACCUGCUUCUUGCCUUCUCAGGUGACAGCUGCCGAUGCGAGCCCAGUCUUCAUCUUGCGAACCUUUGCAUCCUUCGGCGUGGAGGCCAUCGAUCAGUUGGCGGAUGUCGGGGCUUCCACGGCUGGCUUUCGGACUGGACAGCGCAUGCCCUUCGUCGGCAUCGUGGCCGAUGUCGACUACCGACUCUCCGGCCGUGACGACCAUCCUGGUCGGGCGUCCACGUUAAUCUUCGGCUUUGAGCUACGGACAGCGCCCAACGUUAUCGGAAACGUGCACCUGGAGGUUGUAGCACCUCUUGGCUAUCUCUUCAACGAUGACUGUGUCGCGGAGAUCAGUGAUCAGAUCUUCGGUACCGGACAAGGCUUUCCAUCCCCCUACCGGCCGUUUGAGCCGGGAGUCCUGCUGGUCGGCUGUGCCGGCCACCGCAACAUCGCGCAGCUGGAGGUGACGCCCGGGCUGCUUCCUGGCAAUCGCUAUGCCUUCGCCCUGCGCGUCGACGAGCAGCCGGCAGCCACGCCUGUGCAGAACACGUGGUUCCUCAAUGUGGCCGACCAGGCAUCUGAGGCCAUUGAUGGCUAUCCUCUGUGGGCCUUCACCGACUUAGCUUUGGGCCUUCUCUUGGAGACAGUCAUGGCCCAUUCGACGACCAUUGAGAAUGAGGUAACGAUCCUUUUCCGGCCGACCAACACGAUGAUGAGUCAGGGGGCGCUGCAAGUGACAGCCCCAGAGGGCUUCCGCAUCCGCAGAAGCUGCACUGCCUCCGUUCAGCAGCUGGCAUCCGGCAGCGGCCUGGCGCAGACGCCUGCAGAUGUGGAGCUGCCUGGGGUGGUUUGCGAAGGCGAGCGCCCUGCGACGAAUCGCUUCGAGGUGAAGUUCGUCUCUCAGCUCUCCCUCCUGGCCGGAGGUGUGCGGUAUCGCCUCAAGGUCUCUGUGCUGAACCCGAGCACCUUGAGUCCUACCCCGGGGUCCUGGGCCUUGCAAAGCUACCAGGAGGGUCUACUUGACGUGGGGACUCUGGCAUCCCCUGCGCUCUCCGCCGCUCUCCAAAGCUUCGAGGUCUUUCCGCCCACGCAGGUGGCGAGCACUGCCCAAGAGUUGCCGAUCACUGCCGCCUUGGAACUUCAGGACCUGAUGCUGGCACCGGGAGACACGCUCAUGGUAACUGCACCGGUAAGCUUUGACUUUGCCGUACCGGUGCCCGAUGCCUCCUUGGAAGCGGAUCUUCGGAAUUGCCGGGACUUCCGGGAUCUCUCCUUGGACUUGCAGGUCCUGCAGCUGGCCUCCUUACCGCGUCCUCGCUGUGCAGGCAACAUGAUCCAGUUCACCUUCCUUUCGCCCUUCGUCGCUGGCAGCUUCCGAUUCCGUGCCAUUUCUGCCUGGCCGACUCAGACGGCUCUCGCAGGCCAAGACGCUUUCGUGGCAUCGCUGCACACCACGGACCUGCUGACCGGCCAAGCGCGCACAGUCUCAGGACGAGCGCCACUGCAGACGGCAGUCGCCCCCAGGUUUGGGGAUUUCUUGUUGCAGCGUACCUCUGGAAUUCGAGCUGAUGCUGUGUUCAGCGUGGGAGACAUCCAAAUCAUCUUCCGGCCACGCCAGAGUGCGCAGGCUUUGUCUCUGACCUCGCGGCUGCAAGAGGAUCCUGGAUUGGGCAUUGACCUUUCCAGCGCAGACUUGGAGGUGACAGACGGGCCGCAGCUGGUCAAGGAGGUUCUUCUGCUGCGGCCUGCAGCGUCUCGCCUUGCUCUGGCUGCAGACUUCGCCGCAGGGCGGCUCUUCGGGCUCAGGCUACGCAACGUCAAGAACCCGGAGGUGCCCGGAAGCGUCCUUUGGACGCUCAGGUCCUUCUCACGGCCGAGGCUUCGUGGCUCCUUGGUGACGGCAUCCGAGGCUGAUGCCGGUGCGGCCGUGGCGGCUGCUGCUGCUGGCCAGGCCCUGGCAAGUGCCACCGCCACUGCUGCAGACAGUGCACCCCCGCACGAAGCUGCUGCCAGCGAAGUCUUGCAAUGGCUUGACUGGACCACACAAGGCCGCGACGAGAUUGCAGAGCUGGAAGCCACUCCGGUGCGCGGUCUGCUGCAGAUUCUCCCCAACAGCCCUUUCUUGGAGAGCAGCUUCUUCGACUUUCCAGACACGGAGGUCGCAGCGAUUCCUUUUCUUCCUUCCGGCUUUGUGAGUCGCAGUGUUCAUUGA